AUGCAUGCCGCCACGCUACUCACCAUCGCGGGCCUAGGACUGCUGAGCUCCGCGCAAAAUCUCAUACGCGACCCGUCAGUCUAUGGCCCUGCUCUCGAAGUCGUACAUCUGUACUACGACGAGUUCCCUACAGGCAUCGCCGUGUCGUCGAAAGGUCGUCUUUUCUCCAACUAUCCCGGAGGGCUGAACGCGAACGACACCAACAAUGGUAGCAAUGGCCGGUACACCAUCGCUGAGCUCGUCAGCAAUACAACUGAACGUGCGUUCCCGAGUACACAGAUCAAUUCGCCACCGGGCGGCGCCAUAAACUAUACUACCUACCCACCGAGUGGAGCAAAUUAUGCCAAUUACUUCAUUGGUUCCCAGAGUAUCGUGGUCGACUCUGCUGACCGGGCUUGGGUUCUGGACACCGGCCGAGUGCUGACACCGAAUGGCACUCUCGUUGGAGCAUCCUACGGCGGACCUAAGCUGGUCGGUAUCGACCUCACCAAUAACACCGUCAUCAAAACCAUUGUGUUUCCAACAACUGUAGCCUUCUCGGACUCCUACCUGAACGAUGUUCGCUUCGAUCUCAGAGCCAAUCUGACCAAGAGUGGUCAAGGUGUGGCUUACAUCACCGACAGCUCGGUCGAAGGCCGCAAUGGACUGAUCACCGUUGAUCUUGGCACUGGAGAGUCUUGGAGACAUCUGGACGGCCAUCCUUCUGUUCGACCUGUUCAGCAAUGGCUGGGAUAUGUCUGGGGUGUGGCUCUUUAUGCUUUCAAUCCCGGACGACCAUUCGGCUUCAACUCAUUCGGAAGUGAUGGUAUUGCGCUCUCGGCGGACGGCGCCACCAUAUAUUACAAGGCCGUGGGCUCGAGGUACUUGUACAGCAUUCCUACUGUUCGUCUCCGCGACAACAGCGCCACAUCCGAAGUCAUGGCUCAGGCAGCGAUCAGCAACCACGGCGAGACCGGCAUCACUGACGGCAUGGAGACUGACACCAACGGGUUCAUCUACCAUGGCAAUAUGGAGCAGAACUCUAUCAGCUUCUUCAACCCAGCGAACGGCACAGAUACGUUGUUCGUCCGCGACCCUCGUAUCAACUGGGUUGAUACCAUGUCUGUCGGGACUGACGGCUACCUAUACUUCACUGUGAACCAACUGUGCUUCGGCGCUGGUUUCUACCCUGGAACUGAUAGGACUGUGAGGCCUUACAUUGUCUUCAGGGUCAAGCUGCCAAACAACGGCACGAAGGUGAUCCUGAAGUAG